UGUUUGGGUAAGUUAAAAACCUAAGGUACUCUAUUAGAGACAAGUAGUAGCUUUCGUUCAACACAGCUCAACCAUCUAUAAGAACUAAAAACGGCACCCAGCUUUAAUAUAUUCAUGGUAAUAGAAACGGAUCUAUUUCACACAAUGGACUAUUUGGAAACUUCUCCUAAAUUAAAAGUAGCUUUCGUAGCUACAACCACUCUAUUGUUGUUCCUUACUAUAUAUGUGGCUUACCAAAAAUUAUUCCAUCCUCUGUCGAAGUAUCCUGGGCCAUUUCUCGCCUCUCUCACCAAUGGCUGGAAGGGUUAUUACAUCUACAAGCUAAACCUACACGAACAACUUCUCAAUGCGCAUAUCAAGUAUGGCCCCGUUAUAAGGGUUGGACCUAAUGACCUACAUUUCUGGAAUGCGGACGCCAUAUCGCCAAUUUACAAGUCGGGGAGACAGAUGGCUAAGACAGAGUUCUACGACGGCUUCACUGCGUUUAAGCCAAAUUUGUUUGGCGGCAGGGAUGAAGAUAUCCACGCCCUACGCCGACGACAACUAUCACAUGGAUUCUCGCAAGCUUCUAUAUGGAAGAUGGAGCCGUUGAUUGAUGGUCAGAUGAAGAUACUUAUUGAGAAGCUGAAAAGGUUAGCCCAGAACCAGGAAGUAUUCGAUUUCAAGCGCCUGAUCGGAUUUUAUGUAUUUGACAUCCUAGGCGAUGUUGCCUUUGGCCGUUCCUUCAAUACUCAAAUAAGCGAGAUGGCCCCUGAGAUCCCUGCCAUUAGCGACCAUAUCUUUCUCUCGAGUCUCCUCGGCACCUUUCCGUUUCGUUCUUUCUUCAAGAGUGUUAUUCCUAUGCUACCUAUUCCCCGUCUCCGUCAGUUAAUAGGGAGCAGAGGUAAACUUAAGGAGACCUGUGCCGACUGCGUGGAAACAAGGAGACAACAGUCAUCUACUAGCCGUUCGGAUCUAAUGCAGCAUCUGUUAGACGCUAAAGAUCCAGAAACCGGAGCCAAGCUGACAGACCCAGAGAUCAAUUCGGAGGCAUGGGCUAUGCUAAUUGCUGGAUCCCACUCGACCUCGGGGAGUCUAAGCCUCUUGUUCUGGCACUUGCUUCACGAUGAUCAGGUUUUGAAACAAGUCGAUAAAGAAAUCCGAGAUAUCCUUGGCGAUCUUCCAGAUGAUAAGAUUUCAUAUCCCAUCAAGGGUCUCGAGUCCUCACUCAAUUAUACUAGAGUCUGUAUCCAAGAGAGCUUUAGAAUAAGUCCCGUUUUCAGCAUGUGCUUAUGGCGACGCGUCCUCAACCCCGGAGGAGUUGAUAUAGAUGGCCAUCAUAUCCCGCAAAAUACUAAUGUAUCUAUUUCGAAUUACGCUCUACACCACAAUCCCAAGAUUUGGGGAGCGGAUAUAGAGGACUUUUCACCCGAGCGAUUCCUUGAGGCCGACGGAAAGUCGAUGGCGAGCAAUCUCCUCCAAUUCAGUAUCGGCCACCGUAUGUGCAUCGGCAAACAUCUAGCCAUGACGAAUAUUUGGAAGACGUUGACCACGUUAAUCAAUAAGUUUGAGUUUCAUCCUGUAUCCUCCGAACCACGCGUUGAGAUGGAAAGUUCGGGUAUCGGAGAGAUGAGAGGGCCAUUUCUCUGCACAGUGACAAUAAAGGGGCAUUGAGCUAUCGAUACGAUAGGGUACGUUCAACAAGACUGGAGCAUAUAUGGUAAAAUUAAGCA